CUGGGAAGAUGGCGGCGGGAGCCCUGGGCGCCGCCGCUGCCGCGAGUCGGGCCCGGGGCGUCCGGGCUGCUAGGUCCAGGGCGGAGGCCGGGCCAUGAGCGCGUCGCCCUCGAGUGCCCGAGCCGCGGAGCCCGCCCGCGCCCCUCGGGCCGCCCCGCGUCCCUCGCCAUGGCGCGGCUCGCGGACUACUUCGUGCUGGUGGCGUUCGGGCCGCACCCGCGCGGGAGUGGGGAAGGCCAGGGCCAUAUUCUGCAGCGUUUCCCGGAGAAGGACUGGGAGGACAACCCGUUCCCCCAGGGGAUCGAGCUGUUUUGCCAGCCCAGCGGGUGGCAGCUGUGUCCCGAGAGGAAUCCACCGACCUUCUUUGUUGCUGUCCUCACGGACAUCAACUCUGAGCGGCACUACUGCGCCUGUCUGACCUUCUGGGAGCCGGUGGAGCCCACACAGAGAGCAGGGAGGACGGGCUUGUGUCUGCAGGAAGCCGCGUGCUCUGAGGACGCCACGGAGAGGGAGGAGGCGGCUGAGGGAGGCCGGGUGGGGCUGUCGCCCACAGCACCCACCCCCGCUGGCCAGCUGUUUGCUCCGAAGACACUGGUGCUGGUGUCACGACUGGACCAUGCGGAGGUGUUCAGGAACAGCCUGGGUCUCAUCUACACCAUCCAUGUGGAGGGCCUGAACGUGUGCCUGGAGAACGUGGUCGGGAACCUGCUGACCUGCACUGUGCCCCUGGCCGGGGGCUCCCAGAGAACCAUCUCUCUGGGGGCUGGCGACCGGCAGGUCAUACAGACCCCGCUGGCUGACUCGCUGCCGGUCAGCCGCUGCAGCGUGGCCCUGCUCUUCCGCCAGCUGGGCAUCACCAACGUGCUGUCGUUGUUCUGCGCUGCCCUCACGGAGCACAAGGUCCUCUUCCUGUCCCGGAGCUACCAGCGACUCUCAGACGCCUGCCGGGGCCUCCUGGCCUUGCUGUUCCCUCUCCGAUACAGCUUCACCUACGUGCCCAUCCUGCCCGCCCAGCUGCUCGAGGUCCUCAGCACACCCACGCCUUUCAUCAUCGGGGUCCACGCGGCCUUCCAGGCGGAGACCCAGGAGCUGCUGGACGUGAUUGUUGCUGAUCUUGACGGAGGGACGGUGACUGUCCCCGAGUGUGUGCACAUUCCACCUCUGCCGGAGCCACUGCAGAGCCAGACGCACAGUGUCCUGAGCAUGGUCCUGGACCCAGAGCUGGAGUUGGCCGACCUCGCCUUCCCCCCACCCACGACCUCCACCUCCUCCCUGAAGAUGCAGGACAAGGAGCUGCGAGCCGUCUUUCUGCGGCUGUUCGCGCAGCUGCUGCAGGGCUACCGCUGGUGCCUGCACGUGGUGCGCGUCCACCCGGAGCCUGUCAUCCGCUUCCACAAGGCAGCCUUCCUGGGCCAGCGCGGGCUGCUGGAAGAUGACUUCCUGAUGAAGGUGCUGGAGGGCAUGGCCUUCGCCGGUUUCGUGUCGGAGCGGGGCGUCCCUUACCGCCCCACGGACCUGUUUGAUGAGCUGGUGGCCCAUGAGGUGGCGCGGAUGCGGGCCGACGAGAGCCACCCCCAGCGGGUGCUGCGGCACGUCCAGGAACUGGCGGAGCAGCUGUAUAAGAACGAGAACCCGUACCCCGCCGUGGCGAUGCACAAGGUGCAGAGGCCGGGCGAGGCCAGCCACCUGCGCCGGGCACCCCGGCCCUUCCCGCGGCUGGACGAGGGCACCGUGCAGUGGAUCGUGGACCAGGCCGCCGCCAAGAUGCAGGGCGCGCCCCCCGCCGUGAGGGCAGAGCGCAGGACCACGGUGCCCUCUGGGCCCCCUAUGACUGCCAUCCUGGAGCGGUGUGGCGGGCCGCAGGCCACCAGUGCCCGCCGGCUGGAAGUGGUGCGCAACUGCAUCUCCUACGUGUUCGAGGGGAAGAUGCUUGAGGCCAAGAAGCUGCUCCCAGCCGUGCUGCGGGCCCUGAAGGGGCGAGCUGCCCGCCGCUGCCUGGCGCAGGAGCUGCACCUGCACGUGCAGCAGAACCGCGCGGUACUCGACCACCAGCAGUUCGACUUCGUUGUCCGCAUGAUGAACUGCUGCCUGCAGGACUGCACCUCUCUGGAUGAGCACGGCAUUGCGGCGGCCCUGCUGCCCCUGGUCACGGCCUUCUGCCGGAAGCUGAGCCCGGGGGUGACGCAGUUUGCGUACAGCUGCGUGCAGGAGCACGUGGUGUGGAGCACGCCGCAGUUCUGGGAGGCCAUGUUUUACGGGGACGUGCAGACCCACAUCCGAGCCCUCUAUCUGGAGCCUGCUGAGGACCGAGCCCCCUCCCAGGAGGCUGAGGAGGCUCCUUCCCGGGAGGACGAGCGCUCUGCCCUGGACGUGGCUUCUGAGCAGCGGCGCCUGUGGCCGACCAUGAGCCGCGAGAAGCAGCAGGAGCUGGUGCAGAAGGAGGAGAGCACGGUGUUCAGCCAGGCCAUCCACUACGCCAACCGCAUGAGCUACCUGCUGCUGCCCCUGGACAGCAGCAAGAGCCGCCUGCUGCGGGAGCGCGCGGGGCUGGGCGAGCUGGAGAGCGCCAGCAACAGCCUGGUCACCAACAGCAUGGCGGGCAGUGUGGCCGAGAGCUAUGACACGGAGAGCGGCUUUGAGGAUGCAGAGACCUGCGACGUGGCGGGGGCUGUGGUCCGCUUCAUCAACCGCUUCGUGGACAAGGUCUGCACGGAGAGUGGGGUCACCAGCGACCACCUCAAGGGGCUGCACGUCAUGGUGCCAGACAUCGUCCAGAUGCACAUCGAGACCCUGGAGGCCGUGCACCGCGAGAGCAAGAGGCUGCCCCCCAUCCAGAAGCCGAAACUGCUGCGGCCACGCCUGCUGCCCGGCGAGGAGUGCGUGCUGGACGGCCUGCGCGUCUGUCUGCUGCCGGACGGGCGGGAGGAGGGCGCCGGGGGCAGUGGGGGGGGCCCUGCCCUGCUCCCGGCUGAGGGCGCCAUCUUCCUCACCACGUACCGAGUCAUCUUCACCGGGAUGCCCACCGACCCCCUGGUGGGGGAGCAGGUGGUGGUCCGCUCCUUCCCCGUGGCCGCGCUCACCAAGGAGAAGCGCAUCAGCGUGCAGAUGCCCGUGGACCAGCUCCUGCAGGACGGGCUGCAGCUGCGCUCCUGCACCUUCCAGCUGCUGAAAAUGGCCUUUGAUGAGGAGGUGGGGUCCGACAGCGCCGAGCUCUUCCGCAAGCAGCUGCACAAGCUGCGCUACCCGCCGGACGUCAGGGACACCUUUGCCUUCACUUUGGGCUCUGUCCACCCACCCGGCCGGCCACCCCGGGCCACCAAGGAUAAGGGUCCCUCUCUCAGGACGCUGUCCCGGAACCUGGUGAAGAACGCCAAGAAGACCAUCGGGCGGCAGUACGUCACCCGCAAGAAGUACAACCCCCCCAGCUGGGAGCACCGGGGCCAGCCGCCCCCUGAGGACCAGGAGGACGAGAUCUCAGUGUCGGAGGAGCUGGAGCCCAGCACGCUGACCCCGUCCUCAGCCCUGAAGCCCUCGGACCGCAUGACCAUGAGCAGCCUGGUGGAGAGGGCUUGUUGCCGCGACUACCAGCGCCUCGGCCUGGGCACCCUGAGCAGCAGCCUGAGCCGGGCCAAGUCCGAGCCCUUCCGUGUGUCCCCGGUCAACCGCAUGUAUGCCAUCUGCCGCAGCUACCCAGGGCUGCUGAUCGUGCCUCAGAGCGUCCAGGACAAUGCCCUGCAGCGUGUGUCUCGCUGCUACCGCCAGAACCGCUUCCCUGUGGUGUGUUGGCGCAGUGGGCGUUCCAAGGCUGUGCUGCUGCGCUCCGGCGGCCUGCACGGCAAGGGUGUGGUUGGCCUUUUCAAGACCCAGAACGCGCCUUCUCCAGGCCAGUCCCAGGCAGACUCGAGCAGCCUGGAGCAGGAGAAGUACCUGCAGGCCGUGGUCAGCUCCAUGCCCCGCUACGCCGAUACGUCAGGACGCAACACGCUCAGCGGCUUCUCCUCAGCCCACAUGGGCAGUCACGCGCCCAGUCCCAGAGCCAGGGUCACCACGCUGUCCAACCCCAUGGCGGCCUCGGCCUCCCGACGGACAGCGCCCCGAGGGAAGUGGGGCAGCGUCCGGGCCAGCGGGCGCAGCGGUGGGCUCGGCGCCGAUGUCGGCUCCCGGCUGGCUGGCAGAGACCUGCUGGGCCCCCCCCAGGCCAACGGGGCCCCCUCUGAUCCAGGCUUUUUGCGACCCCAGCGUGCAGCCCUCUACAUCAUUGGGGACAAAGCCCAGCUCAAGGGCGUACGGCCAGACCCCUUGCAGCAGUGGGAGCUGGUGCCCAUUGAGGUGUUCGAGGCACGGCAGGUGAAGGCCAGCUUCAAGAAGCUGCUGAAGGCAUGUGUCCCAGGCUGCCCUGCCGCGGAGCCCGGCCCGGCUUCCUUCCUGCGCUCACUGGAGGACUCAGAGUGGCUGACCCAGAUCCACAAGCUGCUGCAGGUGUCGGUGCUGGUGGUGGAGCUGCUGGACUCAGGCUCCUCCGUCCUGGUGAGCCUGGAGGACGGCUGGGACAUCACCACCCAGGUGGUGUCCUUGGUGCAGCUGCUCUCAGACCCCUUCUACCGCACGCUGGAGGGCUUCCGCCUGCUGGUGGAGAAGGAGUGGCUGUCCUUUGGGCACCGCUUCAGCCACCGCGGGGCCCACACCCUGGCCGGGCAGAGCAGCGGCUUCACACCUGUCUUCCUGCAGUUCCUGGACUGUGUGCACCAGGUCCACCUGCAGUUCCCCAUGGAGUUUGAGUUCAGCCAGUUCUACCUCAAGUUCCUUGGCUACCACCACGUGUCCCGCCGUUUCCGGACCUUCCUGCUGGACUCCGACUACGAGCGCAUCGAGCUGGGGCUGCUGUACGAGGAGAAGGGGGAGCGCAGGGGCCAGCUGGCCUGCAGGUCCGUGUGGGAGUACGUGGACCGGCUAAGCAAGAGGACACCCGUGUUCUACAACUACAUGUACGCGCCCGAGGACACAGAGGUGCUGCGGCCCUACAGCAACGUGUCCAACUUGAAGGUGUGGGACUUCUACACCGAGGAGACGCUGGCUGAGGGGCCCCCUUACGACUGGGAACUGGCCCAGGGGCCCCCCGAGCCCCCAGAGGAGGAACGGCCUGAUGGAGGCGCUCCCCAGAGCAGGCGCCGAGUGGUGUGGCCCUGCUACGACAGCUGUCCCCGAGCCCAGCCUGAUGCCAUCUCACGCCUGCUAGAGGAGCUGCAGCGGCUGGAGACAGAGCUGGGCCGAGCCCCUGAGCGCUGGAAGGACGCCUGGGACCGGGUGAAGGCCGCACAGCGCCUGGAAUGCCGGCCAGACGGACAUGGCACCCCCGGCUCCCUGCUCGUGUCCAGUGUGCCCCACCACCGCCGCUCGCUGGGUGUGUACCUGCAGGAGGGGCCUGUGGGCUCCACCCUGAGCCUCAGCCUGGACAGCGACCAGAGCAGCGGCUCAACUGCAUCCAGCUCCCGCCAGGCCGCCCGCCGCAGCACCAGCACCCUGUACAGCCAGUUCCAGACGGCCGAGAGUGAGAACAGGUCCUAUGAGGGCACCCUGUACAAGAAGGGGGCCUUCAUGAAGCCGUGGAAGGCCCGCUGGUUCGUGCUGGAUAAGACCAAACAUCAGCUGCGCUACUACGACCACCGUGUGGACACAGAGUGCAAGGGCGUCAUCGACCUGGCGGAGGUGGAGGCUGUGGCACCAGGCACACCCACCAUGGGCGCCCCUAAGACUGUGGAUGAGAAGGCCUUCUUUGACGUGAAGACCACGCGUCGCGUUUACAACUUCUGUGCCCAGGACGUGCCCUCAGCCCAGCAGUGGGUGGACCGGAUUCAGAGCUGCCUAUCAGACGCCUGAGCUCCCCGGCCCACCAGGCUGCUCUGCUUCCAGUCGUUACAGACCACUAGGGGUGGGCAGGGCCGCCCCGGCCAUGUUUACAGCCCCGGCCCUCGACAGUAUUGAGGCCCCGACCCCCAGCACUUGUGUGUACAGCCCCCACCCUGCCCGGCCAGCUCUAACUUAUUUUGGCGUCAUGGCUGAGCGCCGUGCCGGGAGGUGGCCAUGGUACAGCCCCAAGAUGGGCCUGUAAAUAGUCCAGCCCAUCAGCGUGCUGGCCCCGGCCGGCCGGCCGCAGGUGAAUUGUUUCUAGAACCAGAGUCUAUAUAAAGAAAUAACUAACGCCA